AUGGAGUCUCAGGCUGCCACUAUAUUCAAGAAAUUGGGUGCGGCAGUCAACUUGAUGCCGUUUGAUAUAUUCAAGAAAUUGGGUAGGAAGGAAGAGGAGCUUAAAUGCACGAAUACUAGACUUCAGCUAGCUGACGGAGCAAUUAGCAGCACGCGUGGACUUUUAGAAGAUAUCGAGGUCACAGUGAGAGGAAUCACGGUGCUAGCAGAUUUUGUGGUGCUUGAAGCAGGGCAAGCUCUAACGAGCCCAGCACUGAAUAGUGCGCCAGCUCUGAACAGCAUAUGCCAAGAUUUUGCUGAGGCGAAUUUGAUGAGUACCAGACCAGAAGAGGAUGAAAUUAUACAGGAUUUUCUUGACAAUCUACAGGAUGAUGAGGCCAUUGAAGAUGAGUUUUUGGCCAAGCUUCCACUCAACGUAAAUGCAGUGAAAGAACUUCCAACCACUUUGAAAGAAGAGACUGAAGUUGAAGAAGAACGGGCUGAUGUGCUGAAAGGCAAGGAGGAGAUUGUGCAAAGAGUGCAGAUCUUAUUAAUUAACUUUCCUACCAUGCCGUUACCGAAUGAGACUGUUAUAUCUUCUACUGUAAACCUGCUCAUCUUGGAAGAGACGUCCUAUAACAUUGAAGAAAUAAAUGCAGAACAUCAUAAGCUAUAUCACUCUCUAACGGAUGAGCAAAACAUUGUUUAUGAGAAGAUCAUGACUGCAGUUGAUAGUGGCAGAACUGCGCACUCGAGAUUUGGUAUACCGUUAGAUUGUGAUGAGAACUCCACAUGCCACAAGAUCAAGCCAGACAGCGAUCUCACUGUACUCCUCAAGAAGACAAAGCUCAUUAGUUGGGAUGAGGCACCUAUGACGCACAGAUACUGCUUUGAAGUGCUGGAUAGGAGUCUGAAGGAUGUUAUGCGAUCCCCUGAAGGAAGUUGUUAUGUGAAACCGUUUGGUGGUUUGGUUGUUGGAGGAGCAUCUGCAUCUGAUGUUGAAGACAUUAAGAAAUUUGUAGAAUGGAUACUUAGUAUAGGGGAUGGUACAACUGGUGAGAGUAUUGGUGAUGGAGAAGCCGAUUUGAGGUUACCAGACGAUAUGAUAAUACGAGAUUCAAGUAAUCCUAUUGCAUCCAUAGUGAAAAGUACUUAUCUAAACGUACUGCAUACCCUGCCUAAUCCAGAAUAUUUUAAGGAUAGAGCUAUCCUGGCCCCAACCAAUGAUAUGGUUGAUUCGAUUAAUGAAUAUGUCAUGUCCUUGAUGCCUGCCAAAGAAAGGGUAUACCUUAUCUCGGUUAACAUUUGCAAAGAUGAUGGAGAAGUUGACCUUGAUGACGAAGUCUUUUCAGUUGAGUAUCUUAACACGAUCAAGUGUUCGGGAUUGCCGAGUCAUGAAAUCAAAUUGAAGGAGGGGUGCAUUAUCAUGCUUCUCAGAAAUAUAGGUCCUUCAAAUGAGCUUUGCAAUGGCACAAGGAUGAUAGUCACCAAACUUGGGGCCCGCGUGAUUGAAGCCAAGUUGAUUUCAGGUAAUAAUGCAGGCAAAAAGUUUCCUAUUGCAAGAAUGGUCAUGAGCCCCUCGGACUUCACAAAAUUUCCGAUUCGAUUUUAA